AUGACAGAUUUUCGACUUCCAAGACCGAACUUCUUUUCAACGCCAAAGAAAGACUUAAAUAGUGAAUACCGUGAUCGAAGGAAAGAUGCCAUUAAAAAAGUUAUUGCAAACAUGACUGUUGGAAAAGAUGUUUCGGGCUUAUUUCCUGACGUUCUGAAAAAUAUGCAAACGGACGAUUUAGAGCAAAAGAAAUUAGUUUACUUAUAUUUAAUGAAUUAUGCAAAGACGCAACCAGAAUUAGUAAUUUUAGCCGUAAAUACUUUUGUAAAGGAUACUGAUGAUAGCAACCCACUAAUCCGUGCACUUGCCAUUCGAACCAUGGGAUGUAUCCGAGUUGAAAAAAUUAUUGAUUAUCUUUGUGAACCUUUGAGAAAAUGUUUAAGAGAUGAUAACCCUUAUGUUCGAAAAACUGCUGCUAUAUGUGUUGCCAAAUUAUAUGAUUUAAAUCCUAAUUUAGCAAUUGAUAAUGGUUUUGUCUCGGUUUUACAAGAUAUGGUAUCAGAUGCCAAUCCUAUGUUAUUGGUGGCUCUUAAUGAAUGCACUGAGUGGGGUCGAAUAGCUAUUCUUGCUGCACUGGCUGAAUUUAAACCUGCUGACUCUAAAGAAGCUGAACAUAUUGUUGAACGUGUUGUUCCACAAUUUCAACAUGUAAAUGGAAGUGUUGUAUUAUCUGCGAUUAAGGUGGUAAUGAUUUAUAUGAGGACUAUAAGAAAUGAUGAUGCAAUACGGCAAUUGGUUAGAAAAAUGGCCCCUCCUCUUGUUACUUUAUUGGCAUCUGCUCCUGAAGUUCAAUAUGUUGCCCUAAGAAAUAUUAAUAUUAUAUUACAAAAACGCCCAGAGAUUUUAGCAAAUGAAAUGCGUGUAUUCUUUUGCAAAUAUAAUGAUCCGCCAUACGUCAAACUUGAAAAACUUGAAAUUAUGAUCAAGUUGGCUAAUGAAAAAAAUAUAGACCAAUUGCUAUCGGAAUUAAAAGA